AUAUUUAUGUAUGUGAUCCAUCAUAUGAAGCAGGCUUCCAACUUGUGCGAUGGUGGACACGAAGAAGGGUGGGUGGUAUGUCGUGUUUUCAAGAAGAAAAACUACUACAAAUCCUUUGAGAGUCCCCGGAGAUCAUUACUAUGUCGUGGCUCCAUGGUCGACACUACUACUAGAGAAAAGUUGCAAUCCUCAUCAUCAUCAAACAAAGAUGCCCUUCUCGAACACUUACUUAUGUACAUGGAUAGUAGUAGUAGUAGUAUUCAUCAAUCUUUUAAGCAGGAAAUUACCGAUAAUUUAACCAGCACCACUCAUCAGGAUGCAAUGCAGCAAUUCGUGAACCCCAUGCACCUCCACCUCCCCGGGCUUCAAAGUCCAACUAUUACUACUACCUCGCCGCCUCCUGUAGUGAGCUCGGCCACCUUCAACAACCAAGAGUCGAGUCUAAAAAUAACCUAUAAUUCAAUGAUGGACUUGCUAGGAGAAGCUGAUCAUGAAUACACAAGUAACAUUAAUAUUGACAGUACUAACAAAGUGGACGAUUAUGAUCAUUGUAGUAAUAAUAAUUGGGCUGAUCUUGACAAGUUUGUGGCUUCUCAGCUCGAUGGCCAAAUGGAGGAAAAUAAGCAUUGCUCCUCUUUCUAUGCGGAACAUAACGACAAGUUGUGUUUCGCGGUUGACAUCCAUGAUGACCAAGAGGUUUGGAGCAGCUUAGCUAGAUCGUCUGCGUUAUCAUCCGCACUGAUGGAUCCCCUAUGCCACUCUUCAGUAUAAUGUUUAUAGGUUUUUCAUCAUGGAUCACAUUGUGUACGAUCUAAUAUAUAUUUUCAAAUACAAGGCGCAUAAUGUAAAGCAUAUAUAUACUCUCUAAUACUCGUAUAAAGUUUGAGUUGAUAGUCUUGAUUGAUAGAAUUGAAGUAAGCUAGCUAGGAAAGGAAGAAUAA